AGCUGGGUUUGGGCGUGUACGGGCCGGGUUGCGGCGCGCCGUCGCGCUUCCUCGACAUGCAGCGCUAUUACCCCUGGAUUGAGGACUCCCUGGACAAGUUCCAACGCAUCACCAUCUCGGAGAUCAACAAGCACAAAUAUGUAUUACGCAGUGGUGUUGCUUUCGGAUCGCUGAUGCGGUUUGGUGAAUGCGACAAUUAUGAGAAACAAAAUCUCAUUUAUCGCGAAAGUUUCCAACUGAGAUCGGACAACAACCAAGUGAAGCACAUCAAACAGAACGUGACAAUAUUCGACACGGUGAAGUAUACGUGCGUGGUGUUCCAAUUGAGACACGCGUCCGCGUCCGCAGAGCUGCGUAUACGCCACUUUUGUCCCCGCGGGAUUGAUAAAACCGCCUGCUAUGCGUACAAAGGUACGCGGUUCGACGUGGUGGUUGAAGUAAUGUUUACGCGAGGGUGCACGUUGGACAUCAUCUCGUACGGGCUCCAGAUUAACAUGUCGCUCUUAGACAUCGAGGAGUGGAAGUGGGAGGAGGGCACAUACUACGAAGAUUUCAGACAGUGGGAACCAAAUCGUCGGUCACCGUUGGAGACCGCUGGUGGUGAUUCUGGCUUUCUGUCGCAAGCUAGAGGAAGCGUAAAAUCGUUACCUGCAGUCGGCCAACUUAGACCUCAGAUUUUCCCCGCCACGGAUGAGUUCGGCGUCCUCCGGUACACAACACUGAUCUUAAUAAUGGACUAA